UCCCAUGUGGCCACAGUCCACCGAGACACCAGGCCGUCAACAUGCUUCAGUGGAGGCUACACAAUGUUUUUUUUCUCCUGCUUUUUUGCAGCUCGAAUGGACAGAGACCCAGAUUCCCUUUUGAGAAAAGUUUCACACCAUUAAACACCUUCCUGGAAAAACAUUCUAAUAUGAAACCGGAGGACAUGCUUGGUCAACAAAGAAGGUUUGUUCUGCUGGCUCCAGACCUGCUGAGGACAGACAGCCAGGAGAACAUCUACUUACAGGCCUACGAUUUAACCAGCCCUGUAACUGUCUCCAUUUCUAUCCUGGACUACACCAAAUCCACCAUCCUCCUCAUAGACUCUGCCAUACUCAAUCCAGACAAUAAAUUCCAGUAUCUCAAGACUAUACAGCUUUCAUCAGAUCGCUUGAAUCGUGAUGAGAAAAAAAACACGUUUGUGUAUCUGAAGGUGACGUUUGAAGGUUACUACACAGAGGAGAAAGCACUCAUGGUUUCCUUUCACUUUGGAUACAUCUUUAUCCAGACAGACAAGCCAAUCUACAACCCUGGAGACACUGUUAAAUUCAGAGCCUUUGUGUCCUCUCCCUCCUUUAAGGCCUUCGACAGCUCCAUUUCUAUAGACAUCCAGAAUUCAGAUGGUGUGGCGGUGAAACAGUUUUUGAGGACCAGAGCUACAGAUGGUGUCUUUGCAGACACAUAUACUCUGUCUGAAAUGGUCAAUGAAGGAACAUGGACAGUGAUCGCAAAGUUUGACCAGAGGCAACAAAACACUUUCACCUCUAAAUUUGAAGUGAAGAAAUACGUGCUUCCUGCCUUCAACGUUACACUGACACCUAGGAAGUCCUUCCUCAGCGUGGAUGACAGUGAGCUCCUUGUAGAGAUCUCUGCAAAUUACCUGUAUGGGCAGCCUGUCCAGGGAACUGCAUAUGUUGUGUUUGGAGUGCUGACCAACCAAGAAAUGAGGAGACUGCCUUCAGUGAAGCAGCUGUCAGAUCUGGAUAAAGGAGUUGUCAAACUGAGUAUGGAGGAGAUCAAACAAGUCUACCCCAAUAUUAAAUCUUUGGUGGGCAGCUCUGUAUAUGUAAAGGCAUCUGUACUCACCAACACAGGAAGUGAUCUAGUUGAGGCUACAAAGACUGGCAUCACAAUUGUGGAUUCUCCCUAUGUUUUAUCCUUUAAAAACACACUGAAGUACUUCAAGCCAGGUCUCCCAUUUGACUUUACAAUUCAGGUGAGCCACCAUGAUGGAUCCCCGGCCCAAAACAUCCCAGUCAAAAUCAAUUUGAUGGACACAGCACUGAUAGUCUCAUCCGGCGAGGCCAAGGGUACCAUCAACAUGCAACGUGUUCAGCUUGCACAAACCAUCAUUGCUGAGACCACACAGACUGACCUGAGACCGGAUCAGCAAGCCAGACAACAAAUCAUUGUUCACCCCUACACUGCUUUUAACAGUGACCGGCAAAACUAUCUUUAUAUCUCUACAAGUGCCAAUACAGUGUCUGUAGGAGACAGACUGUCUCUGCAUUUCUCCAUUCGUGCUGCAGACCAGGCACACAGAGAUUUAAUCAAACACAUCACCUACCUGGUGCUCAACAAAGGCAAAAUCAUAAAUGCUCAACGUAUGGAUGUGGCAGACCAGCAGGUCACCAGCAUUGGGCUAACAGUAACUUCGGAGAUGAUGCCAUCUUUUCGUGUUGUGGCAUUCUUCAGUAUUCCCUGGGCAGGACGAGAGGAGGUGGUGUCGGACUCUGUUUGGAUAGAUGUUGCAGAUUCCUGUAUUGGAGGGCUUGAAGUUGGACCAGUAGACAACAGACAUCGAGACUACGCACCUGGUAAAAUCCUCCGUUUCCAGAUCAGAGGUGACCCAGGGGCAAAGGUUGGCCUGGUGGCUGUGGACAAUGCUGUAUAUCUCCUUAGCAAAGAAAGACUCACACAGAGAAAGAUCUGGGACACUGUGGAGCACGGAGACAUUGGCUGCACCAGAGGGGGGGGUCGAGAUGCCACAGGGGUGUUUGCAGAUGCUGGACUUCUUUACAUGUCCAGUGCUGGGUUCCAAACUCAAGCCAGAGAAGCCCUUCAGUGUCCAGGCAGCACCAGAGGAAGGCGCUCUGCUGAACUUUUGAAUCGUAAAGCACGGCUUGAGAGCCACUACAAGGAGAAGCUGCAGAAUCGGUGCUGUAAAGAUGGCCUCAGGGACAUCCCAAUGCCGUACUCUUGCAUGAGACGAUCCCUCUACAUCACUGAGGGGUGGGACUGUAUGUUGGCGUUUCGCUACUGCUGUGCCACUUACAGGAACCAGGUGUUUAGUACAGAGAUUCCCACCACCCCUCCACCAAUGACCACAGCACCUCCAACCACCACCCAUCCAACGAUACUCACCUUUCCUGAAUUUCAUAUUGAUUAUAUGCUUGUCACCAGUUAUGCCAAAGGGAUGAUUGGUAUGUACCCUACCUUAUCUUUAUCAAACUUCUGCUUUCUAUAUAUGUGCCUAUUCCAUAUGCCACUGUUUGUCUAUGACUGUAUUCAAAUAGAUGAACCAACUCCUGGAUUACGUGGGUUACCUGGACGAGGAGUAUUUGAAAUACCCAAACUCUCCUCACAUUCAACAAUGGCAGAAAGAGCAGAAAUGUUGCCAACGGAGUUUGUGGAGGAAGAAGAGGGGGAGUAUCAGGAUGAGACUGAAAUAUAUCUGCGGGUCAAGUUCUUUGAGUCCUGGUUGUGGAUGAAUAUUGAGAUGCCCGGCAAGGUCAACAGCGAUGGUUUGGCAUCCACAACUACUGAUCACCCAUUACCAGACAGCAUCACAGAGUGGGGGAUUCUGGCAAUCAGUGCAUCACCUCAAACAGGUUUCUGUGUUGCUGAGCCUUACAAUGUGAAAGCAGUCAAAGAUUUCUUUGUUGACCUGAAGCUUCCACGUUCUGUGGCGAGGAAUGAACAGGUUGAGAUUAAAGCGGUGAUCCACAACUAUGCCUCUGUUGAUCUACAUGUAAAGGUGGUGUUGAUGAAGACAGAGGGCAUGUGCAGCAUUGCUUUCAAGGACAGACACACACAAGAAAUGAACCUGCCUGCUGAAUCAUCUAUUGCUGUGCCUUACACCAUUGUACCAUUUGAGGUGGGGAAACAUCCUCUGGAGGUCAUGGUGGCUGCCAGAGACUUGAUGGGAGCAGACCGUGUCAAGAAAACUUUGUGGGUGGUGCUGGAUGGGGUGCAGAAGACUGAAGUUUGGAAUACAGUGCUGAAUCCAUCCAUCCAUGGGGGAACACAGACAGUUCAUGUUCCCAAGAUUAAACCAACGUCAGUUGUGCCAAACUCUGUACCAGAGACAUUCAUCAAUGUCAGAGGCCAUCUUUUCGCAGACAGCAUUGACAACUCAAUCACUGAGGACUCGCUGGGAUCUUUGAUCCAAAUGCCCGGUGGCUGUGUGGAGCAAAACCUGGCCUCUGUUACUCUGCCUCUCAUUGCCACCCUCUACCUGGACCGAAGCAGCAGCUGGGAUAGUGUAGGGAUAGACCGCAGGGUAGAGGCUGUCCGAUACAUCAAAAGAGGUUAUGAGAACCAGCUGGCCUUCAGAAGGAGUGAUGGCUCUUACCCACCCUACAACCGUCAAGGACCGAGUACAUGGAUUACAGCGUAUGUGGUGAAGGUGUUCUCCAUGGCUUACUCCAUUAUCGGCAUCGACCUCCACCAAGUGUGUGACCCUCUAGUCUACUUGGUGACAAACAAACUCCGGGCUAGGAAGGGAGACUACAAAGAGGACAACCCGGUUUACACCACUGCCAUGACUGGUGGUCUUCGUGGUGACGACCCAAGGAUAACUCUGACAGCCUUUGUUCACAUCGCACUUGCAGAGGCAAAGCAGGCCGGGAUCAUUUGUGACUCUUCCAAGGUGGAAGUGGAGAAUGCGAACAAGUUGACAACACAAUAUCUUAAGGAUGUUCUGACAACACCUGGGAGGAGACCGUACACGGUGGCCAUUGCUACUUAUGCGCUGGCUCUUCUGGGAGAAGCAUCCGACCUCCAUCAGACUUUACUUGAUGCUGCAGCUCAUGAUAAAAGCCACUGGCCUGACAGAGAAAAUAACUUGUUUACACUGGAAGCAACUGGCUAUGCUCUGCUGGCUCUGAUAAAAAUGGGACGUAUGGAGGAAGCUAAAGCACCCUUCCAAUGGCUGAACAGCCAGAGAAGAAGAGGAGGUGGCUUUGGCUCAACUCAGUCCACUAUGGUGGUGCUUCAGGCACUGUCAGAGUACAUGAUCAAAAAACCUCCACCUGAAAACCUCAAACUGGAUGUUGACAUCAGGAUGGCAGGACGCAAGGAAAUCAAGUACCAUUUUAACCCCACCAAUUCCUAUGCUGCUCGUUCUAGUAGGUUGCCCACUGAUGUUGAUUUGGAAGUGUUGGCUAAAGGGAAUGGAGAGGGAAUAUUGGAGGUUGUGACCUAUUACAACCAGUUGCAUGAAGUGGAUGCAAAAACAUCUUGCAAGGACUUUGAGCUCAGCGUUGAUAUCCAAGAAUCCAGAGACAAACCUCCAGUAGAUGCAGAAAAGACUUACCAAAUCACCAUCAAAGUGAGAGCAUUGGGACCCAGAGAUGUCCGGAUGGCAGUUCUUGAUAUUACUCUUCCCACUGGCUUCACCCCAGAUAACUCAGACCUGGAGAAGUUGUCCAGCUCAGUGGAUCAGUACAUCAGCAACUUCCAGACUGUAGAUAACCUGAGUGACAGGGGCUCCCUGAUCGUCCACCUCUUCAAGGUUUCCCAUAAAGAGCCAGAGAUCAUCCUUUUCAGGCUUCAGCAAAACUUUAAAGUCGGCCACCUCCAGCCAUCCUCAGUAACGGUCUAUGAAUAUUACAAUCCAGAACACCGCUGUAGUCGUACUUAUACUCCCAAAGAGGACAAGGAGGAGCUCAGCCGGAUCUGCGAGAACAACGUCUGCCGCUGCACACAAGAUGACUGCUGUGUCUCCAAAACUGACAGUGAAAACUUUCUCAGCAAGGAAAGAGAAACCUAUGCCUGCAAAGGCUUACUGCAUGUUUUUAAGGUGAAGGUGCUCAGUGUCACUCUGGGUUACUAUGACAAAUAUGAGAUGGAGAUCAUAGAUGCUAUCAAACUGGGUGUGGAAGCUGGAGUUACAGCAGGUCAGAGGAGGUUUUUCAUGUCUCAGAUAAGCUGCAGAGAUGGACUCAACCUAAAGCAGGGGUCUGACUACCUCAUUAUGGGUCCCAAAGAAGACCAAUGGACCACUGACAGUGAGACCAAAGGGUUCAACUACAUGUUGGGGAGGGAUACCUGGGUGGAGCGCUGGCCUUCCGCUGAAGAGUGUUCCAGAAAUCCAAACAUGCAGUCAAAAUGCAACACUCUUAGUGAUGCUAAGCAGGACCUGAACAUCCACGGCUGCAGGAUGUAGACUUAUCCAUGCAGGAUCACAAACAGUUUUUCUGUUGUUGUAAAGAUGUCAGAUGACUUUAUAUCCAACAGCUCAUUUUUGAGUCAGUCUGUACAAUUAUAACUUUCUUUGUGUUUAUAUAGAAGGACAAUGAGUGUACUUCUUUGUAAUAAGAAUGUUUAAUUAGAAUGAAAAUUAACUACGAACUGGUCCAAAUAAUAAAUAAAAAUAAAAGAUCGCACA